GGGGAAACCUAUUUAAGGGUGUGUGUGUUCCUCAAUUUCAAUUUGAACACUGAGAAGAAAGACACAAAAUGAGGCAGCAAUCCAAGGACCCAUUCGAAGCGGCCUUCGAGGAGCAAGACGACUCGCCGCCCGAUUCUCCCGCCGCCGUCGACGCCAUACGCGCCGCCCUCGACGAAGAUUACGACGAAGGUCUCCCCCCUGAAGAACCCCCGCCAUCCUCAUCCACACCAUCCACCUCCACCGCCGCCGCCGCCGCACCAACCACCGCAACCGCCGUCGCCACCGUAACUCCCACCACCAAAACCCUAACCAAGAAAAGCUCUGCAAAGCCACCUAUUGCUCGGGCCGCCAAGCAGAGCCAGCAGAACAAGGAGGAGGAUGAUGACGAAGACGAGGACAACGUCGAUGUCGAGCUCGGGAAGUAUCCGGCGACCGGUGACCCUGUGAAGAUGGCGAAGAUGCAGGCUAUUUUAUCGCGAUUCUCGGAGGAGCAGAUGAGUAGAUAUGAGUCUUUCCGGAGAGCUGGGUUUCAGAAGUCUAACAUGAAAAGGCUGCUAGCAAGCAUCAGUGGAACCCCGAAAAUAUCGGUGCCAAUGACGAUUGUGGUGUCAGGGAUAGCAAAAAUAUUUGUUGGUGAACUUGUUGAAACAGCCAGAAUGGUUAUGUCAGAGAGGAGAGAAUCUGGGCCAAUUCGACCAUGCCACAUCAGAGAAUCAUACCGAAGAUUAAAGCUGGAAGGCAAAGUCCCCAAGAGAUCAGUCUCAAGGCUCUUCCGGUAGAUGGACCAGAUUCGAAUUCUGUACUGAUUGACAGGUCAGCUUAUCUGUAACUUGGAUAUGGGAUGUAGACCCAGGGAGAGAGAGGCUCUUCUUGAGGAGCACUGAGUUUGAUGGUCUUUGGGAGACAUGAAGAGCUAAAAUCACUGCAAGUUGCAUAGUUCUGUUGAUUUCGUACAUUAUGUGCACAUUAUUAAAUCUUUGAGUGGGUAUUUCUAUGGAUCCUGCAAGCGUAUUCUGAAUAUCAAUUGCUGUUGGUAAUUGAAGCUUUUCUACAUGGGCGAAUGAGUUUAUAAUGAUACUGAAUAGGCAACAUCUAGUAUGAUAUGUUUGGCAGUUAUACCCUCUUGUAAGAUCUUGCAACUGCAUGCUAUCAAGGAGUUGGGGAUCAGAGAUGGUUAAGCUCUUUAUUAUAAUCAUAGUAAACCCAAUUGAUAUUCAUUAUGUCAUUUCCAGCUUCUUAAACAUUCACUAUAUUACUCCCCCAAUAAUGCAUGAUGGCGGCUAUUUUGGUGCAAGCAAUUGAUGUAAACUCAGACUAGUAUUUCUUAAUCACAUUUUCUUUUGGUU